UUGCUAUGAUGUCAUUGGCGUGGUCUUUGAAGAUGGCCAGCAGCGACAGCGCGCCGACAGCAGAGCCUGUCGGACCCGAGCAGGGCGACGCUUACGAUAAGAAAUGUAUUUUCUGUAAAAUUGUGAACAGGGAGGUGGACACUGAGCUCCUGCACCGUGAUGAAGAAAUAUCCUGUUUCAGAGAUAUAAGACCUGGGGCUCCUCAUCACUAUCUCAUUGUCCCAACAAAACAUGUAGGAAAUUGUAAAUCGCUUCGAAAAGAACAUAUUCCACUAGUGGAAAAGUUGGUGGAAACUGGGAAAGAUAUUCUUCAGAAGAACAAUGUCACAGAUUUAAGUGAAGUCAGGUUUGGGUUUCACUGGCCUCCAUUCCACUCUGUUGUACAUCUGCAUCUCCAUGUUCUGGCACCUGUCAGUCAAAUGGGCUUCAUGUCUCGCUUGAUCUUCCGUCCAGGCUCCUACUGGUUUAUUACGGCAGAACAGUUGCUCCAAAGACUGACCUCGAUGGACUAAGAGAAGAAAGAAAAGUCACAUAUCUUGAUGCUGGGGAUGUCUGUGGAUCUACUGUGUUGACAAGAGGUGAUGCUCAAGUGCCUCAAGAUUUUUAAUGAUGAUUAUUUAGGCAUUAUUGCUUGCAUCUGAGCCAACAAGACAAACUGAGUAAAUUUGCAGCUACUUUAAAAUCCUGUUUACGAGCUGAACUUGAGUAACAGUUAUUUUGGCUAUUAAAGUGAACUGUUUAUUGAAUGCUUGAGAAUGCUUGUAUAUCACUAUUCCUGAUUGAGGUGUAAUUCAACUAUUACUCAUGCCUACGUGAGCAUCUAUGCAUAGAGAGUAGUUCUUACACAGAGAUAGAGAUGUACACGUCCUCCACAUAUUAUCAUCUUCAAAAAUACUUGUAUAUCAAGGGUGUGAUGAGUUGAUAGGUUUUUAAAAAUGUAACUCAUUCCAAUGGAAAUCAUUCUGAAUAUACAUGACCUAAUUAGAAUAAACAUUAACAUUACCUGAGAUUAGUUAAUAUACAAUGUAACCAGGUUGAAUCCAAGUUGAGCCCGAUGAAUACAGGAUUGCGUGUUGUCUAGUACUUGUGAAUGCUGCCUUGUAAACAUAAGUCAAAACAACAUAACCAGUGAAGGAGAUAAUCAUAUGACCAGAAAAUGUACUGUAGUAUUCCACUGUUUCUACAAGCUUUCAUAUGAGCCAAGAGCCUGUUCUUCUAACUUCUUCUAAUUAUUUAACGUCAACAGAGUGUACCAGAUCCUAUUUGUAGAGUGCACCACUACUUGUAAUUGACUGAAUGGAUAUGUGUGGGUGAAAUAUGUACUGCUUACUCAUUGGAUCCAUUCAGUCCUCAUUAGACUUUCAUACUAAGUGCUGUAUUGCAAAACAUGAAUGAUUAAUGUUGUUAAAAAUGCAGGAUUAUAAAUUACUUGAUUGCUUGUGUGGAUGUAUAUAUAAUUUAAAGUAAAUUGAAUUAAAACCUGAA